AUGACUGAUUCAAAGUACUUUACGACCACCAAAAAAGCCCGCAAAGAAGAAGAGUGUAGAGAUUUAUUUCCAGGUGAAAUAUUUGAACUGAAAAACGAAUUGAAUUCGGAUAAGAAGGAAAAGAAGAGGGAAGCAGUGAAAAAAGUUAUUGCAAGCAUGACAGUUGGUAAAGACGUCAGUGCACUGUUUCCGGAUGUGGUGAAUUGUAUGCAAACAGACAAUGUUGAGCUGAAGAAGCUAGUUUAUCUCUAUUUGAUGAAUUAUGCCAAAAGUCAACCAGAUCUUGCAAUUAUGGCGGAUUGUGAGGAUCCAAAUCCGCUUAUUCGAGCAUUAGCUGUACGAACAAUGGGUUGCAUACGAGUUGACAAAAUAACGGAAUAUUUGUGCGAACCGUUACGUAAAUGUAUGAAAGAUGAAGAUCCGUAUGUUCGCAAGACUGCAGCAGUGUGUGUAGCAAAAUUGCAUGAUAUUAACGCUUCACUUGUAGAGGAUCAAGGAUUCGUUGAUUUACUUAACGAUUUACUGAGUGAUUCCAAUCCUAUGGUAGUAGCAAAUGCGGUGGCAGCGUUAGCAGAAAUCAAUGAAUCACACGUUCUUAUCGAGAUCAAUUCGCAAACCAUAAACAAGUUGUUAACAGCAUUAAAUGAAUGUACUGAGUGGGGGCAAGUGUUUAUUCUGGAUGCUCUUUCAUCAUAUCAACCAAAAGAUGAGCGCGAAGCACAAAACAUUUGUGAGCGUAUUAGUCCUCGUUUGGCUCAUGCAAAUGCUGCCGUUGUUCUGUCGACUGUGAAAGUUCUCAUGAAAUUAGUGGAUAUGCUACCGGAAAGUUCGGAAUUCAUUGGGCAGCUAACGAAAAAGCUUGCACCACCAAUGGUUACAUUACUGUCUGCUGAACCUGAAAUUCAAUACGUAGCACUGCGGAAUAUCAACUUGAUAGUGCAGAAAAGGCCAGAAAUUUUGAAACAAGAAAUGAAGGUAUUCUUUGUUAAAUAUAAUGAUCCAAUAUACGUGAAAAUGGAGAAACUCGAUAUAAUGAUUCGUCUUGCACAGCAAAAUAAUAUCAACCAAGUACUAAGCGAGUUAAAAGAGUACGCAACAGAAGUGGAUGUUGAUUUUGUAAGGAAGGCAGUUCGUGCAAUUGGUCGUUGUGCAAUUAAAGUGGAGCAAAGUGCCGAGAAAUGUGUUAGUACCUUGCUGGACUUAAUCCAGACUAAAGUGAAUUAUGUCGUUCAAGAGGCCGUUGUUGUUAUUAAGGAUAUCUUCCGUAAAUAUCCGAACAAAUAUGAAAGUAUAAUUUCUACACUUUGUGAAAAUCUUGAUACAUUGGAUGAACCGGAGGCUCGCGCAUCAAUGAUCUGGAUCAUUGGAGAAUAUGCAGAGCGUAUAGAUAAUGCAGAUGAAUUACUGGAAUCUUUUGUUGAAGGUUUUCAUGAUGAAAAUACUCAGGUUCAGUUGCAACUGCUUACAGCAGUAGUUAAGUUAUUUUUGAAACGGCCGAGUGAAACACAGCAGCUUGUUCAACGAGUAUUGUCUUUGACCACUCAAGACAGUGACAAUCCAGAUUUGCGCGAUCGUGGAUAUAUUUAUUGGCGUUUGUUAAGUGCCGACCCAGCUGCCGCAAAAGAGGUUGUGUUAGCUGAAAAACCGCUUAUUUCGGAGGAAACAGAUUUGCUGGAGCCAUCAUUGUUGGAUCAACUUGUUUGUCACAUUGGUUCGCUAGCAUCUGUUUACCAUAAACCACCAUCAUCUUUCGUUGAUAUCACGAAACAUCCUCUGAGGACUACAAAUGCUGCUACGGGAGCAGCUCAAAUUAUGACAGAGGCUGGUGAUUCGAUGAAUCGACAAAGUGGUGCAACAGACACAGCACAAGCGCCAACAGUAAUACCAUCUCAAGAUACAUUAAUCGCAAAUCUUUUAUCGCUUGACAUAUCGGCACCAACUACUGGCGUCACCACACAUGGUAUGGACUCGUACCAGCCAGCACCGAUGUCUUCCGGUCUCGACGACUUAUUGGGUCUGGGAUCUGAUGGAUUGCUUGGUGAUGUUGGCGGAACAAGUUCAUCACCUAUAAUACCAGCUCAAGUAUCAAUUCCUGAGGCAAAUGCUGGAGGGAUUUUUUGUGCUCCUGCACCAGCACCUGUCACUGCUGCACCUGCAUUUUCUUUUGCGCAGACAACAGUUCCAUCAGCUGGUAUGGCACCAACAGCUCCAAUUACUACCGCUCUUUCCAAUCCAUUCACUAGUUUGAAUGAUCUUUUUGGUGGACCUGUGAUGAGUGCACCAAUUCUCUCAGGUCAAACGGGGUAUGUAGCUCCAAAAACUGUUUGGUUAGAGGCUAGUAAAGGGAAAGGCACACAAAUUGAAGGAACUUUCAUUCGUCGUGGUGGACGAAUUUACAUGGAUAUGGUUUUUACAAAUCGUGCAAUGCAGCCUUUUACUGGAUUUGCUAUCCAGUUUAACAAAAAUUCGUUUGGUUUAAUUCCAGCCGAACCACUUCAAAUAAAUUCACCACUUUACCCGAAUCAGUCAGUACAGACGUUGCUUCCAUGUCAUACAAACGGUCCGGUCCAGAAAAUGGAACCUCUUACUAAUUUACAGGUGGCUAUAAAAAAUGAUGUUGGUGUGUUUUACUUUGCUACCAUCGUACCGCUAAACAUGUAUUUUGAUGAAAGUGGUCAGAUGGAUAAACGAGAUUUUCUGCAAAUGUGGAAGGAAAUACCAGAACAAAAUGAAGUACAGUUUUCUAUCAAUAAUGUCAAAGGUCUUAGCGCAGAUGAUAUAUGUACUAAACUGCAACAGAAUAAUGUAUUCACAGUUGCUCGUCGAAAUGUAGAAGGACAAGAAUUACUCUAUCAUUCCAUCAAGUACACCAAUCAGAUCUACGUUCUUUCGGAACUUAAAAUGCAGGAAAUAUCACAGCCUCUCACAUUAUCUUUGAAAUCGCGUCAUACAGCAGCAACAGCGAAUAUGAAUGACAUAUAUCAGCUGAUUAUUUCUUCUUAA